AAAGAUCCAUCACGUCUCUCUCUCUGUCGGGAAGAAACGCUCUUCUCUGGCUUAGGGUUUGUGCUUCUCUGCGGUUGGCGGCGAAGCUCGGUGAGGAAGGAGCGAUGUCGAAGAAGAACAGCCUCUCCAAGAGGAAGAAGCAGCACGAGUUCGACCUCCAGAGGGAGAAGCAGGCUAAGGAGGACCAGGCCAAGAAGCUGCAAGCCAAGAAAUCCAAGAUGAAGAUAGAUGGCAGUGAUAAGAAGAAGGGUAGCAGUUUUAAGGUCGGCAAGAAGAAGGUGAAGACAAAGCUUUCAGCCUUAGCAAAAGCCAAAGCCGCCCAAGCCAUGGAGGUUGACAAGUGAUUCCAUUGGCUAUUAAACAAAUGAUGGUUCUGUUGAUGGAAUCAUGGAAGAAAGGAAGUCCAUGCAUAUACCGGUGCCAUUUGCUCUGCUUUCUCAUGUGAUGGUCUGUACUCCCGCAGUUGCAGGGCUUGCAAUUGGCAUCUCCCUUGAAUUAUUUCUGUAGUCAGAUUUUGCAGUUUCUGAUGUGUAUGAUCUACUCUACAUGUCUUUUGCCUCGGCAAUUCCGUGUCAGAUGCACCAUCAGCAUCUGCAGCAAGGUGUGCUUGUUCUUGUCUGUCCACCUACUCAGUUCUUGGCAAAUUCUGCUCUGCGUAUUUUCAUGAUUUUUCUGGAUA